AUGGAUGACCGGACACGAAGCCGGUCACCCCGCCGGCGGGAUAAUGGCGACCGAGAUCGACCUAAGAAGUCGGGAGGCUUUCGAUGGAAAGAAAAGCGGCGCGAUGAUGAGGCCCUCGGGGACGAUCGCAAGUUAGAUCGAGGAUAUCGGGACCGAGGUGACCGACCACGAUCGCCACGAAGAGAUCGUGAUGGCGACAGAUUUAGAGACGGCGACCGUGAACGUGACCGUGACCAUGACCGCCGACGCGACGACCGAGAGGCACCCCGGGAUGACCGCGAGAAAAAGAAGGAGAAGAAAGAGAAGAAAGACAAGAAGCCCGUCGUGCCUCAGUCAUCAGAGCCCAUGAUUGUCGUUCAUGUCAAUGAUCGUCUGGGAACUAAGGCGGCGAUUCCCUGUCUGGCUUCGGAUCCUAUCAAGCUAUUCAAGGCACAAGUUGCCGCCCGCAUCGGCCGCGAACCCCACGAGAUUCUCCUCAAACGCCAAGGCGAACGACCCUUCAAGGACCAGUUGACGCUGGAAGACUAUGGCGUGAGCAACGGAGUCCAACUUGACCUGGAGGUCGGGACUGGUGAUUAA